AUGUACCUGCACUCAACACUGGAGGUCCUAGGCUUCUGGUUCAGCCUCGUGGUGCUGGCGGCGCUGGCAUACUCGUACGAGCAAGAAGUCAUCGGUGGCGUCGGUGGUGGGGAGGACGUCGCCAGCACCACCGGAACCAGCAAAUACAACCUCACUCUCCAUGUAAGUAGGAAGAAGAACUCUACGUUGGGUUACAAGUUCCGUGGAUAUGCAAAUCUAGUCUUGUGCAACCUGACCCUUUUUCUCAAAAAGUUCGACGACCUCGCCACCAACGCCUCAGGUAUCGGCUACGAUCCCCCCUCGAACAGCACGCCCCUGCACUGCUCCGACCUGUACUUCCAAUCCUUUUCCGUCGUCAACGUCGCCAAAGCCCACCAGCAGCACCGCCUCCCCGACCCUGUCGACCUUUUAUGCGCCACGUCGGCGCCCAACGCUUUGUUCGCGCACCGUCGCCCCGGUCCAGACCACCCCUGGCCACGCUUCAGUUUACACCCACUCACAAACCCGUCCCUGGCCCGAGACCCCAAUGUGACGUUUGACAUGAUUAGCAUGUCCGUCUCGCCCACGGGCAACAUCCCUCAGGACGCAAUGGUCAUCGUGUGGUUGAAUCUCCUAAAGCUACCACCGAACCUCAAUAACGUCCCCAGCGAAGGAGGCGGUCGGGCGGGUCGUCUCCCAUUCCCUGAACUAUCGCGUGGCGCCCCCGGGUGGCCGGAGGGCCGUCUGUACCAGUUAAUCGCCUUCUUCGGCCCCGGACCCCAUCCGAGCAUGAACAUUGAAUGGGGGCGGUUCCGGAGACAGAUCCCCAGGAUGGGGACAAAAGUCGACACGUUCGAGAUGUACGCGCAGUUCUUUGAGAGGAAGGGCCCCAGUGAGCCGUACCUCGAAAAGGGGGAUUGGGAGGUGUGUUUGGAUGAUGUCGCUGUGGAGAUUGCGAGGAAAGUAGGACGUGAGAAGGAUGACGAGGACGAAUACCCCCGAGGAGGGAGUUCCGAAACCGAGCUAGGGAGGAUGUUUCUGUUUGCUGGUCAAGACGGCGACUUCAUUGAUGAUCAGGAGAGGGGUGAGAGGCUGAUGAGGGAACUGGGCCUGUAA